UCUACUGUCCGUGUAUAACCGGUCGUGCCUGGCGUGAAAUUAGUGUCAUUGCAUAGUAAUCUAAUCGUAAUGCUGCUCCGCUAAUCUCUGAUCUUUAGAAUGCUUGUAAUCCUAUCGCAGAAGAACGUGUAAAAGCGUACGUGUGAUGGUUAUGAUGGUUGUGAUUUCGGAGGAGACUGAAUACGUCUUGUGGGGAUUGGUUUCGAGAUCUGGGGAAAGUCAUGGUUUAGACUCACCAAGACUCAAGAGCUUCUGCGAUGGAUAAAUGUAUAUCAACGUUUCCAAAUGGAAGCGUAUUUCUGGGUUGUAAGACUGCUCGUUUCGAUCUUUAUAAAGCACGUAACGUAGCCUUUUAAAUUUCUGAAUCAUUUGGUUUCAAUUGGGUACUCGUUUCGGUGGUACAAACAAAAAAUACAGAACAUGUUCGCGAAACACGAAACUAGACCAACACCUCAAGUUGUUUAUAAUUGGCGUAUCUAUUGGGCAGCCUGUUUGGCUUCAUGGGUUGCUGUAAUUAUUGGUUAUGAUGCUGGGUUUGUUGGUGGGAUGAUUGCCUUAAAGUCGUUCAAGAAGGAGUUUGGGUUUGAUAAGAUGACGCCUUCUGAACAAUCAUGGGUCUCUGAAACAGUUGUAUCAUUAUUCCAAGCUGGUGCUUUUUUUGGUGCCUUCUUGAUCUAUCCAUUAGGUUCUAAAUAUGGUAGAAAGAUUUCAUUAGCUGUUGCUUCUGUGCUACUUAUUGUUGGGUCUGCUAUCCAAUUGGCUUCCAACUCUAAAACUGGAUUGGCUGCAAUGUAUGCUGGACGUGUCUUGACUGGCUUAGGAAUUGGUGCAGUGUCAAAUUUGGCUCCAAUGUAUAGUGCAGAAGUCUCACCAGAUGCUAUUAGAGGUCGUCUUGUUGGGUUAUUUGAAAUUUCAUGGCAAAUCGGUGGAACCAUCGGGUUUUGGAUAAAUUAUGGAACUUCAGUUAACAUUCCAGAUGAUGAAGCUAAACAAUGGCAAAUACCCGUCGCUUUGCAAUUAAUACCUGCUGGAAUAUUUGGUAUAGGGUUGUAUACACUAGUUGAGUCUCCUCGUUGGUUGUUCACUGUGGGAAAAAGAGAACAAGCACUCAAAAAUUUAUGUUAUUUGAGACAGUUGGAUCCAGAAGAUGAAUAUAUCAAAUAUGAAGUGGCCAUUAUGGAGGAAGAAGUUGAACAAAAGAGAGCGAAAAUUGGUCUUGGGUUGUGGGAUCCAUUUAUUAAGUUAUUUCGUUCAUCUUCAUUAAGAUACAGAUUACUUUUAAGUACUUCAACUUUUAUUAUUCAAAACACAUUAGCUGUUAAUGCUGUCAAUUAUUACUCACCAAGAAUUUUCCAAACUAUGGGUAUAUCCUCAUUAGACUCGUCUUUGUUGUCAACUGGUAUCUUUGGUAUCCUAAAGGGUGUUUUCUGUCUUGUCUGGUCAUUAUUCAUUGUGGAUAGAUUUGGUAGAAGACCUUCAUUCAUAUUUGGUUUAGUUGUGUGCUCUUUAUGCAUGUGGUAUAUCGGUGGAUACAUCAAAAUUGGGAAACCAACAUCUAGAGGUGAAGAUGCUGGGCUUGAUGCUGGUGGUAAAGCAUCGUUGGCCUUAUUCUAUAUCUGGACAAUUGCUUAUGCUGUAUCUUGGAGUGGUACACCAUGGGUUUGGAAUACUGAGGUAUUCCCUUCAAACUUGAAAUCAGCAACCUCUUCAGUCAACGCAGCAUCUAAUUGGUUUUGGGCUUUCAUUAUGGCAAGGUUCACAAAUCAAAUGAUUGAUAAGAUGAAAUAUGGUAUCUUCUUUUUCUUUGCGGCCAUGAUGACAGUUUGUCUACCAAUUUUCUUCCUACUAUAUCCAGAGACCAAAAACAUUCCAGUUGAAUAUGUUGAUGAAUUGUUUAGACAUAAAGCUUGGAGAGCACAUGGUGAAGUUAUGAAACUUAUUGCAGAGGGAAAAGAAAAUGACUUGGAAGAGGGCCAAAAUGUAUUGAUGGGUGUUAAUGCUAGUAGUAGAGAUUUGGAAUCUAAAGGAAUUGAAAAGCCAGAUGUUGAAAUAGUGAGUAUGGUUGGAUCAUCACAAGGAGAUGCCGCUAGUAAGAAUGGUUGAUGAAUGAUUGCGAAUUGCGGAAAAGUCCUCG